AUGACCCACCGCCCGACACCCAGCCCUAUGCCCUCGCGCAACCGUGUUGUGCCCCUGAUGCAGACCUUCAACUUCCGCACCACCACCCCGCGCGACGCCCGUCUCGACGUCAGCACCAUUGACUACGCCGUCAUGCCCUCGCUGGGCGCCGAGGCCGAGCGCGAGGCCGCUGCUGCCGCCAGCCGCAUGGCGCUGCGCGUGCCUCUGCUGCCGGACAACUAUUCGCCCGACCGCACGGCCCUCAAUGGCCAUGCUCCCGAGGUGGCUGAUGGCCCGCUGGCGCAGCCCGAGAUUGUGGUGGUGGCAGCCCAUCCCGAGAAUGUGGUGGCGGCGUCGGCGCUGACGGAGAUUGAGGGCAUGGGCGUCGACGGUGUGGAGCUCAAGUUUGCCCACCUCGGUGCCGAGGCGAGUGGCGGCAGCAGCAGUUCUGACAGCGAGGCAUCAGGUGGUAUGAUACGGGAUCUGUGGAAGGGCCUUUUGGACGACCUGUCCGGUUCGCCCGCGGUGCCCAAGGCGGCGUAA